AUUUGCGGACCCGUACAAGCCUCUUCUUAAACGGUGAAAAAGAUAUGGCACUUAAAUAGAAGUCAACUUUGAAUGCAAGUAAACCGCCAUUCUAAACAACGUGCCUGUAAUGCUAGACUUGCAAGUAAUUAAGCAUUCUUUAAAUCCUUCUGUUUACUGAGUGAGCUUCUUUUAAACGGUGAAAAAGAUGCGGCACUUAGAUGACAACUUUUUAAAUACAGGUAAACCGCCCUUUUAAACAAUGUCCUUGUAAUGCUAGACUUAUGGUAAUUAAUCGCUCUUUCUGUUUUGAUACUGAGUGAAACUCUUUUUAAAAGGUGAAAAACAUGUGGCUCUUAAUAGAUAGAUGACUAAAUAAUGUGCUUGUAUUACAAGCAUGCUAGGCCUAUUUUUUUACGAUAAUUAAUCGCUUUUUAAAUUUUUUCCGCAUACCGAGUGAGCUCUUUAAUGGAAGCCAGUUAAACGAUGACAAAGAUUGUGCACUUAAAUAGGUGACAAGUUGUAAAAUACAAACAAACCGCCAUUACCAAUUAAGCGUGUACAUGUGUGCGCGUUUUGGGGUCAAAAACGGAAUCCAGUUGACGUAGAAAAAAGAUACGUCUAUUUUGGUUCUGUUUUUGAACGACAGAUUUCACGAAGCUCAGAACUAACCACUGAUUAUGAAAAUCAUCAAGUGUGGUCGCAUCUGUAUAACAGUGUUCGAAAAACGACAUGAACCCAUUUGAAAGUGAAAACGAAAGGAAAAGGAACAAAAGAUCACAAAAGGCUUUUUUGAAAUGGAAUAAGAUAUAAAACGCAUGGUUCAUAGUAAGAUGGUUUGGGUACGUUCUGUCAUAUAAAAGCAAUGAUUGGUUGAAGAAAGUACUUUUCAUUGCGUAAAGUUCUGUCCUUGUAAAUUUACUUUUGACAUCAUGCAUGUAAUUGCAGGGUACAUACGAGUACACUUAUUUCUUUUUUCUCUUUGUUCAGAAUCAUUUGAUCAAGUUUCUUCAAACCUUCGCCCAGCAGGAGUGUUAUCCAAGCUAUUUUCAAGCGCUGAACGCCCAGGAGCGUCACACGCUGUCAAAGAUCGGAAUACCUUCUUGAAAAAUCACAGGUUUUCCUAUACGAUUUAUUAAUUUAUACGAACAGACGAUUUUGAAAAAAAAGAGUGGAGGAAGAAAAGGAGAAAACUCCGCACAGAAGGCGAGCUCUUGAUGAAAGGCGAGAAAGCCAGUCUCCUCGCCAAUAAGUUUAAAGCUGGUGCAGUGAAAAGAAGGGAAAAGAAACAUUUUCAUAGAAUAUUUGUAAAUAAGAAAAAAAAAUGCGAGCAGGAUUAAAAACGAGGAAGAUGGGAAACCUUUUACGGCUGGAGUGAAAUCGGAGAUAUUCCCAAUUUAUACGGCUCAUGGUUUUCGGCAAUACGUGCAGUCAGUUCAGGAUACAUUCUGUUUUCAAAUGACGUUUUGCUCUGAUUUAUAGUUUUGAUUUAGUUGGAUUUGGUGUACGUACGGCAUUUCUUUCUAUGAAGCUACAGCAGUCCAUGGUUUCAACAGCUCAAGGUAUUUUUUUGGUGAUACAGGUUAAAUUUCCGUCAUAUCUUGUUCAAAAAUACCGUAAAACGGCUUCCAGCGACGAAUGAAAUUCCGCCUGGUCAGGGAUCCGAUCCUCCCAGCAUUUUCGAGAGUGACCUACACAACUGCUUAAAACAUUAUUUGAAUUUUGGUAGAAAACAACUUGUAGAUAGAAAAGAACUUUCCAAAUAAAGAAGUUUUUUAAAAACCACCUUAUUGUGCUCCUGUCUGCAAGUGCUUUUCGUCCGCUGUAUCCUGUAUAUAGCUAGGCUAACCAGUUGCCGCCCUGAUACAGUGCCACCCUGUUCAUCAGCGAAUAUGAUUUCACUCCAGGGAAGAAUAAAUGUUUCUUAAAGGCUAUUUUAAAAUUCUCCUUUGGCAAAUAGAUAGUAGUCUCUUCCAUUUAACAAAAAAAGUGUUACUUCCAAGGCAAGAGUAUAUUUAGCCAACCCAUAUACUACUGCAUGUAAGUUUAUGUGGUUCGCGCCAAAAGCCAUUUUAAAUCUGGACAAUGAAAGAAAGGACGUCUGUUUUGAUUGCUAUAAUAUGUGCAAGAAGCUGCAAAUUUUACCAAAUCAUUAAAAUUGGUCAUUUUGGGCUAGUGCAUGUCACUGUAAGAGACACUCCUGAACACCAUUUGCGACGCAUGAAAGUCAACAGACCAGAAAACCUGGUGUUCAUAGCCGUUGCAUUUACACGUAAAAAAUGUUUGAAGGAGUAGGUCGUUUGACAAGCCAUAUUUUAAAAACUACUUCAUUCGGCUGUCUUUGAGGUCACUUCGUACCGGGCAAUUUUUUUCGUCGGUAAAACUGGCAAAAGAUAAGCGUAAGCAUUCAUGGAAUCUGCCAGGAAAACAGUCGCUGAAUGAAUGUUGUUGUUUUUUUCUGAAGAUUUUUUUUCUGGGAAGCAAAAGCAGGAAUAAAGGAAAGCACUGCAUUUUUACGGCUAAUUUUUACGAUCCAACACACCUGCAGUUUUGGCAGGGUCACCUAGACGUUCCGAUCUCGCUUAAGCUGUUUUGUCAAUAAACAUUCCGUUUUUGCUUUGAUCGAUGGUAUUUUAAGUAGAUUACUAUCUCUACCUUUAAUUUCGUUUGAUUGGCAUUUUCUGAUCUUGGUAGAGUGACUGACUUGAACCAUUUUUCCUUGCAAUUGACAUGUAAUCUGCCCCUCCCAUAUCAGCCAUGUGGAGUGCUGGCGUUGAAUAUCUUCGAUAUCCCUGUUUAUAAAACAGACCGCCCUUGGGACGGCCCAUUGUAGUUUUCUCUCAAAUUCACCGUCUGGAUCGAGACUUGUCUAGUUAAUUCGAUUUUUUUCGGCAAAAUUCAACGGAAGAUGGAAACUGAAGCGUCAAGUUGUGUGAAAUUGACAAUCUUGUCGCCGAUCUAGCCAAUCAGCGCGCGCGGUGUUGAAGGACGGAGUCGCUUUCUUCGGAUGCUGUUACACAACUUGCGCGCCGCGAUUUCAAAGGAACUGGUCAUUGCCUGUGAGAAUUGUAGAAUAGAAAUGACCUCGAGUACAUCGGUAUCUAUUCCUGAUGGACAAGAAAUCGUCAACAGAGUUUUCAUCGGGGGCUUGGCUCGGGAUGGAACAGUGGAUUACAAGGGAGGGAGAAAGCUCCGCCUAAGAAAGGCAGUUAAAAAGGAGAUGGGUGGGCAGUUUUUUGUGGCAAACGGUAGCAGCAUCAACAGCAGUAAUGCUCACAAUGGAGUUGUAGGUGGACAAAUCGUGUUGGUUCCUGUGGUGGAGCCAGCACCUGCACCAUACACCAACAAUCAAGUGUGCUACAUUCAGCAGCCCACAGUCAACUAUCAUAAUUUUAUGAACGAGAAAUGCUGUGGGAACAUAAGCCNAGACGUAAGAAUCGUCUGCGAUCGCAAAACCGGCUUCAAUAAAGGCUAUGGUUUUGUGACAUUCACAACAAUGCAAGCUCGUGAUGACCUUCUAAAAAAGGGAACAGUGGAUUACAAGGGAGGGAGAAAGCUCCGCCUAAGAAAGGCAGUUAAAAAGGAGAUGGGUGGGCAGUUUUUUGUGGCAAACGGUAGCAGCAUCAACAGCAGUAAUGCUCACAAUGGAGUUGUAGGUGGACAAAUCGUGUUGGUUCCUGUGGUGGAGCCAGCACCUGCACCAUACACCAACAAUCAAGUGUGCUACAUUCAGCAGCCCACAGUCAACUAUCAUAAUUUUAUGGCACAGCAGUACAACUGGCCAAAUCUACAAACAGGUCCAUUUUAUUACUGUUAUUAUUAAAAAAAGAGAUCUUAACUCUGGGAGUUGUGAAAUGUGGUAACUAUGAAGUAACAUACAUGAAUUUUGUGCAAAGUGGAAGAUGUGUGACUGAGUAUUUAGAGCAGUGUAUCGUGUUAAAAAAAAUAUGCCUCACUUGAUGGAGAUUGAUUACUGUACUUUACUUAAUGCAAAGGUGCACUGUAAAAUAGGAACUAGACCAGUGCUCAUUUAGCCAUAAUGAAAUAAUAUGUUGGGUCCAAAUAAGUAUGUAAACAUUCCUUUUUGUAAUAUUAUUUGUUGUUCAAAAGAAAUUGAUAAAAGGAAUAAGAACAGGCAUCUUUUUCCAUCUUGUCCUGAAAAUAUCUUGAUUUUUAAGAUGGUAUGGUGAAGGAAAACUAAAAUAUUUCAUGUUUGUUUCACAACACACACAAGUGAAUAAAUCGGUGGCAAUGCCUGCCAGUGGGAAGCUAGGGUUUCACCUUCGCUCAUGUGAUUCCCAAACACUAGCCUGCUGAGCUAGAAUUUUAUUUACUACAAAAAUUAUCCUAAUUUCCACAUUGAAUACAUUGUUGUCUAUAAUGUUAUGAUAAAGCUAAACAAGAAAACAAAGAUUUAGGUGUGUAGUAAUAAGUAGAUGUGAAGUUUUUGAAUCAAUUCCAACCUUCUGCUUACCGCGCCUUUCAGAAACGGCAAUCUCUCAAAAUUUUGUUUUAGGUUUUUCCCAGUUAUUUUACCGUGGGUAUCUCCAGCAAACAGAAGUUUACUUUAUCAGUGGAAUAACAAACAUGUGUAUUUCAAGUAGUGGUGAUCACUCGUUCAAAAGGUCUUGCUCAUGAAUUGUGAUUGGUGAAUUAAGGUCAAAUAUAUGCUUGUUUUAUUUUUUUUGUUGGUCUGUGUAGUUGAUUACUGUCAGUCUGUAUAUCUGGAGUAUGGUUGCAAAAUGUACCACAGUUCUCCCCCCUUAGUGGGAUUGUGAUCCACGCAAUUGGGAAAGGAAGUUUCUCCCACUAUCGAAAUGUAUUGAAAGAUGCAGCUAUUGUAGCAUAAAAGUAGAUUAAAUUGGUCAAAUCUACUUUCAGUGCACCUUUGGUUAUUAAUAGUUUGUGUGAUUUAUAGAGGAAUAAAUCGUAGAUUCUGAUUGUAAUAGAAGAGUUGCGUUAUAAAAAUAACAUUUGCAUUGAUUGUAAAUGAAUUAGCAUGAUGAAUGAUAAUUUGAAUUAAUUAGGAUCUAAUUCGUUAGCGAACUUAGAAUUAGUAAUAAUUAUUAGUGCCGUUAUAAGAUUAACAGGAAAAUAAUUGUCAAUUACUUGAUCAGUUUUGUAUUGCUUCAUUGCCAAAGUUUUAGCUGCUGUUUUCCUAUUUAAAGCAAACAACCUUACAGUGCAAGCCACUGAGUUGUGGUCUGAUUUUAUACAUUAUAAUUUUUUUUCGUGACAUUCUAAGUUUUUAACUUCUUAAUAGUAGUUUCAAGUACUUUUAUGCCGAGCGUAAUUUGAAUUCUUAUCAGUCUUAUUAUAUUAAAAGGCUUUGAAUGACAAGCUGGUGUAAAGUGUUUUGUUAAUUGGCUAUCGCCAAUUAAGGUACUUAGAGUACCUUAAAGAGUGUCUCUUGGGGAUUUUGGAGAGCAUGAUCGUUUAUUUCAUGGGGAUAAGAGAGAUUGUGUGGAUCAGUCUGACGAAACAUUUUAGAGAGCAACCAAUUUAUUAACAGGGAACAAGGGAGAAAAGGCGAAAUUUCUCGGGGUCAGGGGAACAUGUAUCCCCGUGGGAGGCUUUGCUUGCGGCUUUUCCUGCCAGCUCUCGUACUUUUAGAGAACAAAGGAGCCUAGCUAUAAAUUGUUGCCAUCUUGAGAAGUAAUCACUUCUCCGGCAGCAAGAGAGGUGGAUGAAAACUUGGAGCGUUAACACGGAGCAACUAAAAGUAAGGGAGGGACCACUUGCCUAGUUCUGAAGCAGAGCCGCGCUUCGCCUGGGUGGGUAUUACCGCAAAAGCCCCAGUUGUAAUUUGAGUGUCAAGACGUGUUGAUGCUAUCCUAAGUUCUCACGCACCUGGCGUUUUUACUCCAGAAGGCCUCUAGUGGCUCGCUACCUUGUUAGUAGGUGCAAUGUGAAAUGGAGGGCGUAAAACGCGAGGAACAAGUGCGGAGUCUGAAGUCGAUGUUGUGGGGAGUGUCUUAGCAGGGUAUCGUUCUUAGCUUGCGUGGCUGGCACGACUUCCUGAAAGCGUGAACGCUUGUAAUAAAAGUAAAAAUACACUCUGAGAGUGCAACGGCUACAAAUGAGAUUCUAAAACUUUUUAGGAGUGCUAUUUAGAAAUUUGAACGCCGUCCCCCUCAUUUUGAAACCACUCGCUACCAGGUCUUAUUCGUGUUAUGUGAUGUGGCUCGUAUUAUUCCGGGGUUGACGGACAUGAUCGGGUUAACCCAUUCCAGACGUUCAGUUAGUUGGGGCGCAGCGCUAAAAAACGGCGGAGCGAAAAAGGGAGAGAGUUUUUACUGAGAGGAGCGAACGCGCCAUUUUUCGAACUGCACCCCAACUAACUAAACGUUUGAAAGGGUUAUGAUCGGCUAUGCUCGUCGAAAAAUUAAAGGAACCGAAGGUACGUACAGGAGCCACAUUUUUGUUGAUUGUCAGCUUGACUUCUAAAGUGCUGUUAACUAAUG